ACGAAGGGAACUAUAUACACACACACACACACACACACACACACCAUUUGUGCCCGUUGACUUUUACUUCCAUUUUCCGCGUAUUUUUUCCACGUCUGUGGAAAGUUCUCCCCCGGCUGGUUUGGGCUACGAGGGGGGACAACAAACAGAACAAGGAAAGAAACAAAAGGGCAGGAGAAAAAAAAAAGAAAAAGUGUUGUUAUUUUAUUGGAUUUCCUCGUUCACUCUCUAGAUCAGAGAGAUCCAACCGGAACGAUCCUUGAAAUUGAAUUCUUGCUUUGUUUUGCUUCUUUUUGAUAUUUCGAGUGGCCCUUACGGGAACAAAGUGCAACAUCAUGAUCUAACAGUCCCUUCCCAUAUCCUUGAGAGAAUCAAGUUAACUUUUUUUCUUUGACAUUCAACUUACAUGUAUAUUGUUUUGUUUUGUUUUUAUCUACCGGUUGUGUGUAUGUGUGUGUGUAUCGGAGCUUAAAUGGUUCGUUCUGCCUGGUGGAUGCAUUAGAAACAUUAUUCCGCAUUGCAGCAGUUGUGCGUGUGGUUCCAGUCUCUCUCUCUCUCUCUCUCUCUCUCUCUCUCUCAGCUGUGUACAUGUAUGUGUGUGUGUGUGUGUAUUUUUUUUUCUUCCAUCGCUGCAAGCCACUAGCUUCGUCCACUGCGUAAACUGUGCGCAAAAUUGCCUUUCUUUUUAUAUCAAAAUCUCCCUGCCCCCUUCAAAAAAUAAUAAUAUAUUUACGCUCGGUAUAUUAUUACAUCAGGCCGAAGGAAAUAAGUGAGUGUGCAAGCGCAGGAGACAGUGAGAAAGAGAAAAACAAAACAACAACAACAACAACAAGAGGAAAACAAAAAAAAAAUUAAUCGAAAAAAAAACCCCUCGCCAUGAGCAUGAGGCGGAGCGUGCUCCGCCGGGAACCCUACUCACCCUUGGGAUUCAAACGGAAGGGCUCGGCCGAUUCCAACUACUCGCAGCCUUCGUCGGAUCUGUCGCUGGACGAUGAACGUGAAGCGCUCCGCCGGGAGACCGAACGCCUGGCCCUGGCCCAACUCGACAAGGCCAGAACCAAGCCGGUGGCGUUCGCCGUGAGGACCAACGUGUCGUACGACGGGACGAUCGAUGACGACUCGCCCGUUCACGGCAGUGCCGUCUCCUUCAACGUCCGCGAUUUCUUACAUAUCAAGGAGAAGUACGACAACGAUUGGUGGAUCGGCAACCUAGUCAAGGAGAAUUCGGAUGUGGGCUUCAUUCCGAGUCCGGUGAAAUUGGAGGCGUUACGAGUGCAACAGCAAGGCCAACAGCAGCAAGUGAGGAAUUCGCGGCUGUACGCCGGCAAGGCCUCGUCUUCGUCCAACCUCAGCGCCCUCAACGAUGUACUUUCCAACAGCAAGAGCUCCAAUUCCCGUGGAUCUACUCCGCCCACUCCAGGAGACAACUCCGACUCGGUGGGCGGCUCCAAAUUGAACAAGAGCGGGAUACCGGGUAGCGGCGCCGGCUCAAAGGAAAAGCGCAAACCUUUCUUUAAAAAAACGGAAUCGAUCCCGCCCUACGAUGUGGUGCCUUCCAUGAGACCCGUGGUGCUGGUCGGGCCAUCGCUCAAAGGCUACGAAGUCACCGAUAUGAUGCAGAAGGCUCUCUUCGACUAUCUCAAGCACCGGUUCGAAGGGAGGAUCAUCAUAACGAGGGUGAGUGCGGACAUCUCGCUGGCCAAACGCUCGCUGCUCAACAAUCCUUCGAAGCGAGCGCUAAUGGAGCGCUCCAAUUCGCGUUCCAACUGCAUUGCCGAAGUCCAGGCCGAGAUCGAGCGCAUCUUUGAGCUGGCCAGAACCCUCCAGCUGGUCGUCUUGGAUUGUGAUACAAUUAAUCAUCCAUCUCAACUGGCCAAGACGUCGUUGGCACCGUUAAUAGUUUAUCUGAAAAUCUCCUCUCCAAAAGUGCUACAGCGACUCAUCAAGUCUCGGGGCAAGUCGCAAAGCCGCAACCUCAACGUCCAGAUGGUGGCGGCAGAAAAGCUGGCCCAGUGCCCGCCAGAGAUGUUUGAUAUAAUCCUGGAUGAGAACCAACUGGAAGACGCUUGCGAGCACAUCGCCGACUACCUCGAAGCCUACUGGAGGGCCACCCAUCCACCGAUCAAGACGCCACCUCAACCCCCUGUGCCACGUCCCCAGGUGACGGCCAGCGCCUCGGCCACGUCGCCUCAACACCACCCGGAUCACCAUGCGCGAUUAGCGGCCGGACGGAACGUCGCCUCUCCGCCAGCUGUCGAAGUGCCGGAAUCUUACGGGAGAAUGCGUAGCAGUAAAGUAGUGGCUUACCAUUCAACCCGAGGCCGUCCAUCGCGGAGUAGUGAUGUCGAACCGGACGAAGAUUUGGGUCCGUCGCCAUUGCCACCUCAGCAGCCGCAUCACCAUCACCACCUUCAUUCGCAACAACAGCAGCAACAACACCCGCAAUUACAGCGGACGCAUUCGCGCGAUUACGAUUCGCGGGACUACCGUGAGAUGCGUGAAAUGCGUGACCCUCGUGAAAUGCGUGACUAUCAUCACCAGAGAGACUACCAUGAUCACCAUCCGUCACACCACCAUCAUCAUCAGCAACAGCGACACCAACAGCAUCACCAUCCACAGCAACAGCAUCAUCAACGCGAUUGGGACGACGUCGAUGACCUGCCAGUUGUGCCAGUCGUUGGACAGUCCGGUGGGGGUCGGGCACUUCAGCGGCAUCAUUCACGGGAAUCAGAUUAUCCGCAGUCGCCCGUGCCCCGGAACGUGAGGCGAACGCCAGCCAAUCCGAUCUAAAAAAAAAAAAAAAAAUAGUUUAACGAUUUUUUUUUUUUUCACGUGCUUACGUCUAACUUUUUUUUUUUCUAUUGGUCUCUCGCUUCAGUGAAUCCCAUGGCAACGCCGCAUCUAUAUUUUAAAAAAAAAAAGGUCUCUCCGUUUUUUUUUUUUCUCGUCGUCUGGUGCUGAACGGAUUCUCACUUGACUUAUUUCGUGAAAAGAAAAACGAAGAGGAAAACAUAGCAAGUAUAUACCGAACACAAAAGAUACAAAUAACAAUGAGAUAAUUGUUGUUAUUAUUUUCUUCAAUUCUUUUUCUUUCCCCCCAAAAUAUUCGUAUUUAUUUGGUGCGGUCGACGUUCCCGCUUUGGUUUUCCGACGCUCGGCAUUUUUUUUUUUAUGUCGGCGUAAAACAUAUUUUAUAGUGCGGCGUUUUGGGAUGGGAAAAAAAGCGUUGAAUUUUGGGUUUCCCUCCUUUAUUUUGUCGCCAUUUCCCCGUUUUUUUUUUUAAAUUGAUUGAUAUCCGUUCGUCCCUUCUCCCUCUUCUUAAUCCCGUGUAAACGUCUUUCACGUACGCAGCCUUACACACCACACACCGACACUGACCACUCCCACCUUGAUUUGAUCCUUUGAUGAAACUCUAGUCAUUAGAUCAGCGACCAACUUUUUCCUGCAUUUUUCUUUGAUUUAUUUUCUAUUAUUAUUAUUAUUAUUAUUAUCUUUUUUUUUUCAAUGGUAUUUGUUGAUAGGGAAGUCAUCGACCAUUUUUCGACUUUGAAAUAUUGAACUAGUUGUGUCUACACAUUGUGUAGUUGAAUUCGUUUGCCUUGACAAAGUCAAGCGCGAAAAUGCGAAUGUGCAGUGAGAAUUUUUGGCAUCUGCGUUUAUGCGUCUAACACAACAGUCAUUUGAAAUUGCCCCACAAAUAAUUUUUGGCAACAGAAGAUGUUUUGGUGCAGUCGUGCUCGCUAUUUGUAUUAUUCAAACAAUUUCGAAACAACCAAAAAUCAAACCUUUUUUUUUUCAAGUCUAGUGUCCGUCUUUUUGCUUUUCAGAAGCUUCUCUGAAUGCAGCCGCUUUCCCUUUUUCUGAACAAUUUUUGCAAAGGAGUCGCAUUAUUGAUUGAAAUCCUCUCUUUCUCUACUUAUUUGAUUUGAUCUUCUUUUCACGGCACUUUCGUCGUUGGCUUUGUAAACCGCCUAAAAUGACGCAAAACAUUUGGAUAGGUACAUAUCGUUCGAUUUCGUUUCCCCGCUGCGUUCGGCCUUUUUCAAUCGAUCGUUUUCUUGUCAAGUUCCGUAGUUUUCCCUUAUUCUAUAUUUUGAAAUGGUACUUUUUGCACUCCCCCCCACCCUUUUUUUCAUUUAAAUAGAAGCUGCUUCAUUGGUUCGGUUUAUUUAAGAGUUUUCAAAUUCCCCGCCGCUUUAUCGGGUCUCGCUCGUGGAUGCCAUCUAUGAAUGGUAUUGUGAAGGAGAAGAGAGAAGAAAAAACAAUGAUAAAAAACAUUGCUGUAUAAAGAUUUAUACAUAAAAAAAUGUGACGACCGUAGACUCCGGCAGUCCUGCCCUUUAUAUAUAAAUACAAUCGCAAUUGAAAUUUAAAGUUUUAAAUUUAAAAAAAAUGGCUACAAUUAAAUGUAUAGCUAUAUUCAUUUCUAUUUUAUUUUAAUUGAAUCCUAAUUUUUUUCCUCAUCGAUUUCAUUCUUAUUUAUUUGGGCCCUGAUUUUUGGAAACACAUUUUCCUCCUCGUGCGUACGUCUGAAUGUUUUGAGUGUAUGUGUGAGUGUAUUUGAUUUGUCCCUCCCGAUUCCCCCCUCCCUCGUGACUUUGAACAAAUCUAAAAAUUUAUAGAUCCAUGCAAACUGUCAUGCAGAAUAUUGACGACAGUAAAAACAAC